CCAGAAGCUUGCAUUGCCGUCUCCAUCUAGAAAAUCCCUAGAGGCUAAGACAGGGAGCAAAUGAAAGCAGUGUGACGUAGGUAUAACAAAGGCAUUUCUUUAGGUAUUUACUCAUUGUUUCAUUCUCAAUAGAAUCUAAGUUUAGUUGAAAGUAAAUAUGUUUAAGAAGUCCAUGGAGCUGAAGUCACACCAGAGGUUAUCUGGUGCUGACAGGAAAAAGCUUAAGAGGACCAUCAAGGACAGGUUUCCUGCUGCUUCCGAUCCCGAUAUGGAUUCGUUACUGCCUCCUAAGGUAGAGAUUACAGUCGACAAAUUCCAAAAUCGAGUUAUUGUUUAUGGGGUAGAAGGUGGGCUUCCUAUGUUUUUCGAUGUUGAUGGUAGAGGUACCGAAGUUUUCCCAACUGUUUAUGCCCUGUGGAAGGUUCCAAAUCUGUUGCCUAGUUUCUUGCUGAAGGGGGGUGAGGUGUCUCGUUAUGUGAUUGGUGGGGCGGAUCUCAUGUUUCCCGGUAUUAGCAUUCCUCCUGAAGGAUUGCCGACCUUUUCAGCUGGUGAAAUAUGGGCAGUAAAAGUUCCUGGCAACCCUGCUCCAAUCGCAGUUGGGAGUACCACAAUGAGCAGCACCGAAGCAUUAAAAGCCGGUUUGCGAGGAAAGGCAUUGAAAAUUACUCACUAUUAUCGUGAUUUACUCUGGGAAUCAGUAGAAGGCCACUAUGUGCCCAAUGCAGGAUUUCUUGAGGAUGUUGUGUUUGAGGAUCCUGCCUCAUCUUCAUUGUGUCAGACAUCAAAUUCAUAUGAUGAUGACACGGCCAAUUCUUUUCAUAAUCAAUGGGAUGGAAUAAAUGAUGAAGAAGUGAGAGACUCUGUUGAUGCUGCUGAUGAUCAAUCUGUACCUGAUGCUGUAAAGAAAACAGCUGAACAAGAGAUAAUGUUAAGUUUGGCCAAUGUGAAGGUAACAGAUAAUGUUUCUGGUGAUGAGUCAAUUGCAGAGGACCAACAUCCUUUGUCCGUGGAGGAUAUGGACAUGCUUUUGGACAAGUGUCUUUUGCAAGCGUUGCAUACAACCGUAAAAGACUUGCCCAUGCCGGGAAGCACCCUAUGGUCAAACCAUGUAUUACCAUGUCGACCCUCGGGCAUCACCCUAGACAUCAAGAAAUCAUCACAUAAGAAACUUUCAAAAUGGUUACUAGCUAAAUCUUCUGGAGGAUUGAUCACAGUAAAAGAAGACAAGUAUAAGAAAGAGGCUGUUUUGUUAUCCGUCAAUCACAAUCAUCCAGAUUACACAUCCUUUAAGCCGGAUAAACAGAAAGUAGAGAAAAGUGAGCAGACCACCGAACAAUCUCCAAAUGAAAGUCAUUCCAAUAAAAUUCUUGAAGUUGCAGAGAUCUAUAAAUCAAGUGUUCAUGUAAAUCCCAUAUAUGCUGCUGUUGGAGCUGAUAAGGGACAGCUUUACAGUGCUUCUGAAGCUAUUGCUGUUGUUCAGAAAUAUGUUGAUAAUGAAAAACUUGUGAAGCCAACAAACAAGUCCAUUGUUGUUUUGGAUGCAAUAUUAUGCGAUGCACUAUUCAAAGGAGCCAUGAAAAAAGGUUCGACAUACCCAACAGAAAUCCAUAAGAAAGAUCUAGGACCGGCAUUCAUAAAUCGGAUGCAAGCUCAUCACGUUGUGACUAGGGGGAAUGAGUCGGUUGUUCGUAAAGGUGGUUUAAAAGCAAUACAGAUAUUGACAGAACGAAGGCAAGGUAACAAGAAGGUGACAAAACUCUCCGGGAUGGAAACAUUUUUGAUGGAUGCUGAGUCUUUGGCUUCUGAGCUGCAGAAAAAGUUUGCUUGUAGUACAUCAGUGACAGAACUACCAGGUAAGAAAGGACACGAGGUCCUGGUUCAAGGUGGUGUGAUUGAUGACCUGGCAAAACAUUUGAUUGAGCAAUAUGGGAUUCCAAAGAGAUACAUCGAAGUUCUGGAUAAGACACGGAAAUGAGAGGCUAAAAGGUGGUGUUCUCAUCUUUAUGGAAUGUUAUUUUUGUGAAUUUAAGGCCACUUGGUAAUAGUUUGAUUUAUGGUGAAAUCGGUGAAACUCAACACUUAUGCUUAGAAGUGUUAUCUGUCAACUUGCAAAUUUUUUUUUUCUUUCAAUGCAAUCAUUGUUAGGUGUUGAGGAUGGCAUAUUCUACUUCUCAAAUAUGAGAGCUGAGGAUUUGUUGAGUACAUAAUCUUGCCUUGCAUGUACUUGAAUCUUUUUCAACAUACAGUAAAAUGUACAUUCUUUUCUGA